CAGUUUCUUUCUGAUCUACGACUGAUUCGGAUCAACCUUCUCGUCUCCAUACGAUCCCAACUCGAGGAUAACGAUAGUUACUCUAAAGACAACGCGGACGACGGAUCGUCGCGGCGUGCAAUGAAGCUUGGUAUAAAAUUAUCUGCAUAUAAAUAGAUAUUGCCACUGUUGUGCAUACCUCAGUCGGAAAAUGAGUGUAUCGCAGAUCUGAAACUAGAAGCAACCUGCAUGCAGCAUCCAUCCCGAAAAAAUCCCACCGCUCGCCGACCGUUUGUUUGAAGCUUAAUGCAAAUAUGAGUGCCGUGUUGUUCCGCUUUAACCCUAGUGAUAACAAAAAGUGCUACAGAAACUGACGAUCAGGAAAUGAACCGACACAGGCAGACCUAUCAAGAACGGUGGUCGGACUGUCAAAAGUGAACUGUUCUCCUCCGUUCUAGUGUUAAUCUCCUGAUCGCUUGAAUUACGAUAGAGAAAAAAGUGUUUGAGUGAUAAAAUUGCGCGAAAAUAGUGUUUGUAUGAAGAAAUCAUUCAAACGGCCUCAACUUAAGCAUUAUGCGUGGGAGCAUAGUUGGUAUAGAGGAUGGCCUCAUCAAUGCGAAGUCUGGCACCUGGCACGGGAUACUGCUCGAGUUGAUCGAUAACCUAUAUGCAUCGUUCAUCAUCGGGCCAUUAGUGGUGGCCUAUUGGCGCGGUACCUGGAAUUUAAUGACAGAUUACAUCUACCCAUCGGAUUAUGCCACUAGUCUUAUUAUAUCGCUAGGUCUCGGCGUAGUGGGACACUUCUUGUUUCAUGUCUUACAACCGACGUUCCGGCGACACCUUAACCCCGAUCGGCAUCGACUGCUGUACUACAUUGGCUCACGAGUGUACACCGAAAUCUACGGCACGGUAUGCGUAAAUGCGUGGCGCGGAGGAUGGGAAAUGAUUAAUCUGUAUACGACGCAUGAUGUGCUGUACGUUGUGUUGAUAACGCUCAGUUGUGCACUGGCGAUGGCACUACUGAAAGGCCUACGAAACAUUUCCGCAUCACCGUUCGUGGUCGUCAAUGAUCUUUGCAGAGAGUAUUUCGAUGUUCCAACAUAUUUCAAAGUGUCGAGCUCUAAGGAACCUGGACUGUAUGUACUAGAUUGCUUGUUUUCGGUGCUGGUCAUCGGAUCGUUGGUGGUGUUCGUUUGGCGAGGGUUAUGGGUGUUGUUGGAUUUAAAGCUAUUUCCAGAAGAUCGAGCAUUAUCGGCCUGGUCUUCAGUGUUGAUAGGCUACGGUGUAACCGGCGUUACCUUUUCGUUGCAACCUCUAAUGCGAUGGGCGUGUGAUCGAUUAACAGGAGUAUGGCGCGUCAUCAUUGCUGAUCUUUUCCUUUUCCUGAGUUUUAUUGGUACGAUAAAUGUUUGGCGAGGAGUGUGGGCCUUACUGGAUCAUUAUUUUCUACCAGAUAACCGACUUCUCAGCGAUUGGAUAACUCAUAGUGUAUCGUUACUGCUUCUCAUUCUCCUGAACUGUUCAAACUCAGUAUUGGUACGGGGAGUUUACAUCGACGCCGAGGAACCGGCCGGCCAGUGUGUCGUCUUUCCAGUGUACUACAUACGGUUGUUCUUCCAGAAGGAACGCAAUAAGAAACAGAGAAGACUGCUGGAAGCGCUAGGAAGGGUUGAGUAUAACAACGUAACUAGCGUACUCCUGGAGAAGAAACCGAUGAAAACUGAACAAAAUCACCAGAUUAUCCGAAACCUGGAUGCCGUGCCACUAACAAUAAUUGAUAAUCCUAAGACCCACGGUGAUCACAAUUCGCAUGAAAACAAACAGUGAACACACUUCAAUAACUCGACAAAUCAUACACCUCUCGUAUGGAGUAUACACGCGAUAGCAACGCAUUUUCCAUUGCACAUUUAUUACAAAAUAAAAAAAACACAUAAUUUAGGCCACUAAACAGGUCAAGAAUCUGAAGUCCGCUACGAAUUUCCACGAUUGGCUACUUGUGAGAGUAUUUGUAAUUUAGAUUUGCCCCGAUAGCAUUAGAGGUAUUUUUUUACAAAUAAGUAUUAUUUACGAUUGGUAAGAUCUUUUUACAGAAACGCAUCUCUAAAAAAAAUUGUAUAUAAAUCAAUAUUAGAAGCAUUCCAAUUAUUUAUAAAUACGUUUUCGUAUGAUCUAGAAUAAACGAAGGUGACUUUAAACUUAA